AUGUCGCGGCUCACACCCCAGCACCUCUCGCUACUCCGGUCCUACCUACGCCAUCUAAGCCAGUUCCCAGACCCGAUUACACGGGCUUAUCUCUUGAACUUACUGCAUCAGCGAUGUCGAAGACCUCAUGGUUCAGAUCCUCAAAGAGUCCAGAAACGAAUCGAGAAAACUCGACAUUUUAUUGAAAGUGUUCGACUAAAGAUAGCUGCUGCAAACUCGGGCCAUGUGAACGUAUACGAGACCUUGUUGAAAGAAGCGUUUGCCCGAGUUGGUGAGAGGCGGAAGGAAUUCCUGCAACCAUAUUUGGAAUUGGUUCCAGGGAUCACCAAGGAACAACUGCCAUACCCCUCGUCGGAGUUCCCUACCUAUUCGCCAGCCUUGGUGGCUCUACUGAGCAGCCCAGAUGUAUAUCCCGGACGAGGGCGACCGUCGAUUGAAGACCUUCAAUCGAUCCCCCCAGGCACGCUGAUCACCAAUACCUGGUCUGACCUUCCACCCGAGCUCCAAUCGCCCACACCACCCAAAGCAGCACACAUGGGAAUGCUGCAUGAGGCCAGGCAGAUCAACAAACGGCGCUGGCUACGCGACCGUUGGCUGGCUGGUCUCAUCGGCCCGCCUCUCGCGGUACCCCCUGAACUCGAAACCUCACUGCCUCCCAAGAUCCUCGAACAAUCCCGGAAAAUGCUCUCCGAGUUGAAGAGCAGAGCCGCCGAUGUCGGUCCGGCUGGUUCGCCUCGCUUUUCCACCGGCCUGCCAAAACCGGAACCUACUUCGGCUGAGACACCCAAAACUCUUCCUGUACCUCUUAUCAGGAUCCCCGCUCAGAUCCCUAAAUCGCAUCCCCUGAGCCCGACUCCAGUGAAAGUAGAAUACGAUCCACUUAGUGACCUCUUACCCAAAAGACAGCAGCACCCCAUUCCGGGGCCUCCGCCUUUGGACCUCUCCCGGGGCCCACGAAACCUGACCAAACGGUUCGUCAGACGUCGCUACCAGAACGUCUUCGAUGGCCAAUCCGUCGAUCGCAAUUGGAUUACUCCUUCUCCCUCCUGCGAUGGGGAUCGUCAUCCAUCGUAUUCGGUCAAAAUGGCCGGCGAUCGUCUCGGGUCGAUCAACUUUCACGACAUGAGCGACGAAGAUUUGGACUGGAUGCCUUGA